AUGGGGGGCAAGUCUGCUACCAAGGCCGCUUACUUCGAGAAGCUGAAGAGCCUUCUCGAUCAGUACUCUACCGUCUUCAUCGUCGGUGUCGACAAUGUCAGCUCUCAGCAGAUGCACGAGAUUCGUCUGAGUCUCCGUGGUGAGGCUGUUGUUCUCAUGGGAAAGAACACCAUGGUCCGCCGUGCCAUCAAGGGCUUCGUCACCGACAACCCCGAGUACGAGCGUCUGCUCCCCCACGUCAAGGGCAACGUUGGUUUCAUCUUCACCAACGGCGACCUGAAGGCCACCAAGGAGAAGAUCCUGGCCAACCGUGUCGCUGCCCCUGCCCGUGCUGGUGCCUUCGCCCCCGGCGAUGUCUGGAUUCCUGCCGGUAACACCGGUAUGGAACCCGGUAAGACCUCUUUCUUCCAGGCUCUCGGUGUCCCCACCAAGAUUGCUCGUGGUACCAUCGAAAUUGUCUCCGACCUCAAGCUCAUUGAGGCUGGUACCAAGGUCGGUCCUUCCGAGGCCUCCUUGCUUAACCUGCUGAACAUCUCUCCCUUCACCUACGGUAUGACCAUCCAGCAGGUCUACCAGGAGGGUCAGACCUUCAGCGCUGCCGUUCUGGACAUCGAGGAGUCCCAGCUUCUGGAUGCCUUCAGCAACGCCAUCCAGACCAUCACCGCCAUCUCCCUGGCCACCAACUUCCCCACUCUGCCCGCUGUCAUGCACUCUGUCGUCAACAGCUACAAGAAGGUUCUCGCUAUUGCCAUCGAGACCGAGAUCAGCUGGCCCGAGAUUGAGGAGCUCAAGGACCGUAUCGCCAACCCUGACGCUUACGCUGCCGCCGCUCCUGCCGCUGCCGCUGCCCCCGCUGCCGGCGGUGACGCUGCCCCUGCCGCUAAGGAGGAGGAAGAGGAGGAGUCCGACGGUGACAUGGGCUUCGGUCUUUUCGACUAA